ACUUAGUAUUGCGUGAAGCAAGAAAAAAAAUCAUCAAAGAUGAAAAUGGUUAUUUUAGCCUUUUUGUUUUUAAGCAUGAGCACAAUCAUCAAUGGUGGAAUCACGAGUAAAUUCGUUCGUCAAGCUUUACCGUCCAUUGAGAUGUCUCUUGAAACUUUCCCUUCUCCUGGUGGUUACAACACUCCUGAACAGGUUCAUCUAACACAAGGAGAUCACGAUGGACGUGCCAUGAUUGUCUCGUGGGUUACGCCGCUAAACCUCGCUGGUUCUAACGUCGUUACUUACUGGAUCGCUGGUAAUAGUAGUGACGUAACGCCAGCAAAGAAGAGAGCUCACGCUUCCACGAAGUCUUACAGAUUCUAUGACUAUUCCUCUGGUUUUCUCCAUCAUGCUAACAUUAAAGGACUCGAGUACGAUACCAAGUACAUCUAUGAGGUUGGUACCGAUAAAUCCGUUAGACAAUUCUCCUUCACUACUCCUCCAAAGGUUGGACCUGAUGUUCCAUACACAUUCGGCAUCAUUGGUGAUCUUGGACAAACUUAUGCUUCUAACGAGACAUUGUAUCAUUACAUGUCGAACCCUAAAGGCCAAGCCGUUCUCUUUGUCGGAGACUUGUCUUACGCAGACGACCAUCCGAACCAUGACCAGAGGAAAUGGGAUACUUGGGGAAGAUUCGUGGAGCCCUGUGCGGCUUAUCAGCCUUUCAUUUUUGCUGCCGGGAAUCAUGAGAUUGAUUACGUUCCGAACAUAGGUGAGCCUCACGCGUUCAAACCCUACACUCACCGUUACCCCAAUGCCUACAAAGUUUCACAGAGUACUUCUCCUCUUUGGUACUCGGUCAAACGCGCCUCUGCUUACAUUAUCGUCCUCUCCUCCUACUCUGCCUACGGCAAAUAUACUCCUCAAUACAUUUGGCUCGAGCAAGAGCUGAAAAAGGUGAACAGAGAAGAGACUCCAUGGUUGAUUGUAAUGGUUCACUCACCGUGGUACAACAGUAAUAACUACCAUUACAUGGAAGGUGAGAGCAUGAGAAUAAUGUUUGAGUCGUGGCUCGUUAACAGCAAGGUCGAUUUGGUUUUGUCUGGUCAUGUCCACGCCUACGAAAGAUCGGAACGUAUCUCUAAUGUCAAAUACAAUAUCACCAAUGGCUUGAGCUCUCCGGUGAAAGACUCCUCUGCUCCCAUUUACAUCACCAUCGGAGAUGGAGGAAACAUUGAAGGAAUCGCAAACAGUUUCACUGAUCCACAACCAAGUUACUCGGCCUAUAGGGAGGCAAGUUUUGGUCAUGCUGUUUUGGAGAUCAAAAACAAGACUCAUGCGCAGUACACAUGGCAUAGGAACCAAGACAACGAACCUGUCGCCGCAGAUUCUAUUAUGUUGCAUAAUAGACACUUCUUUCCGGUGGAAGAAAUCGAAUCUGGCAAUGUUAGCGUUUGAUUUAAGUGUUCUUUAGAAUGAUAAUGCUCUUAGGAAUGUUUGGUUUUCUGUUUGAAUUUUUGGAUGUUUUUUGUUUUCUUUAGUUGGAUAUCAAUAAAGUUUGU